CAAAACUAUAUCAUUCAUUCAGCUAACUUUAAUUCGACCAAUUCGGUUUCUAGUAAAUCAAAACAUAAUGGCGUUACAGAUUGUUGCUCUGUUAGCCGGCCUGGCCUGUGUUAGCGCUGGAUACAUUCAAGCCGAUCAUGGUCAUUACUCGUCUGCUCCAGCAGUGAGCUACAGCUCGGUUACUCACCAUGCCUCCCCGAAGGUGGCCGUGGCCAAAACCGUGGAAUAUGCUCAACCAGCCGUCCACUAUACCGUUCCACAGUCAUACGCCGUUCAUGAACCAUCAGUUCUUAAGACUGUGGUUGCCCAGCCAACUUAUACCUACGGUCAUGCUGCACCACUCGCUUACAGCGCCCCAGCCAAGACACUGGCUUAUGCUCCUGUCGCCAAGACCAUUGUUGCUCAACCCGCUUACACCAAUGUCUACGCAACACAACCAGCAUACACGAAGACCCUUGUACAGCAACCGUCCUAUGCUUACACCCAAGCUGCCCCACUCGUGAAGAACUUGGAAUAUACCAACACCCUGUCCUAUGCUCCUCUCGCCAAGACCAUCGUAUCCCAGCCAGCCUACACCAAGGUUUACAACGCUGAACCAGCAUAUACCAAGACCAUCGUUGCUCAACCAGCUUAUUCUUACGCACAAGCUGCUCCUAUUGUGAAGAACUUGCAAUACUCCACCGGAUUGUCUUACGCUCCUCUUGCCAAGACUAUUGUGGCUCAGCCAUCUUACUCGAAGGUAUACGCCGCUCAACCAACCUAUGCCCAAACUGUCGUCGCUCAGCCAUCAUACGCCAAGACCCUUGUCUCGGAGCCAAUCUACGCUCAUGCCGCCCCAGCUGGCCACGUUUCUCAGGCCAGCUACGCCGAUAACAGCGCUCACUACGGAUGGUAAAUUGAUCUCGUUGAUAACAUACGUGAUAAUAUGAUGCAAAAUGUGAUCGGCAAAACUGCCACAAAAAUCGAAUAAUAGGUUGAAUACAUCUUACGAAGUUGUUGAAAACAUUA